AUGAUUCAAGUAAACGUUUUAACACUUUACACAGUUAAAGUGGAAAAUGUUCAUUCUUCAAACCAGCUGAGCGUGGUCCUCCUGAUUCUCCUCGGCUUCACGCGCCACCAUGUCGAGGGUAUCUGCAGUGUGGAGCAUUGCAAUGACCCCACACGAUGUGUUCUGUCUGAAGGCCAAAGAAGCUGCAAAUGUACCAGUGGAUAUUAUGCUGACCAAUGUGACAAAAAUGCUAACAUCAAAGUUAUGUGUGGCAGAGACUACAUGGCAAUCAGAGCGACAGAAGAUUUCUUUAACUAUUACAACGUGCCGCUGGAGUCCUUGCACCUUCCCAACAAAUCGUGUCGUGCUCAGAGAGUGGUCAUGGACGGUGUGCCGUACUAUAUGUCCAGAAUACCUAAAGACCAAUAUCUAACCUGCGGAGGCAAGCCGCUGGAGAAAAACUUUACUCACGUCUUCUAUUCGAUGAGUCUAUUGUCGGACCCUCAGGUUAUUGGAAACAUCAUUAGAGAUCCGGUUAUUAAGAUGGACUUCACAUGCCUCGAUCCAUACCUCAGAAGAGUCAGCCUGACUUUCCCAGUCUUACCCUCUUCCAGUGAGAUGGUGAUGCGUGUAGAUGAACUUGAUGCCACGAUACAGAUGACGUUGUACACAGAUGACUCAUACUCUAACGCCUACAGCAGUGCCCCCACCAUAGAACUUGGAGACAAGGUGUAUGUGGAGGUGACGGUCACGGAGCCUGCAGAUUUUUUCCUGCUGAUGGUUAGUGGGUGUUGGGCCACACAGUCUCCUCAGCCGAACUCUACAGAGGGAUAUGUUCACACACUGCUUCGGCACGGGUGUGUGGAUGACAAGACUGUGUCCUUUUUCAAAGUGAGCGCAGAACAGUCUGGCCGGAACGGCGAAAGUUCCACCACUCGCUACAGCUUCAACAUGUUUCGCUUCUUGGUGAAACCUCACGAGCUCUAUCUGCACUGCACCGUUCAGCUGUGUGAGCCAGACGACCACAAGUCCUGCACCCCUAACUGUAAUUCGAUCAGUAAGAGAGAAGUGGUGAAAGCCGACCCCACUCUGGGCCUUCUGUCUUAUGGACCCAUCAGGAUAGAAAUGCCAGACAGAAAUCAAUCCAAUAUACUGAUGACGGUGGUGCUACCUGUAGCAGGUGUCUGGAUUGUGGGCUUCUUCUUUAUCAUCCUCAUCAUUGUGGCCAAGGCAGGCAGCAGGAGACUUCCAAAAGUGGGGGAGCAAUGACGACUCUAAACUUGAAUAAAAAUGUAAAAGGCGCCUAAUCUUUUAUUCUUGUCCUGAUACAUCAUUCCCAAUACAAGUGGAGAGAUAGGGAAACUACAUUUCCCAUCAGUACAUGAUGUUCACAAACUUGUUGAGACAUUCACAUCAGAGCAGAUGAAUCAUUAGUAAGUUGUACAAAAACAUGCCAUUACUGUUGACCACAAUAGUAAGUUCAUGUCUGGGAACAUGUGCACGGUAACUAAUACAAGCAACAGUAGGCUAUGGCUGGCUGCAAAUAAACACACAUACUUGUAUAUCCUAGGCCUUAUUUUUUUUAAACCUCUAGAAAUCCUACUCGUAUGGAAACAUAGACAAACAAGUGUGAUUAUUUAUAUUUGGGUUAGGCUGGCCACAUUUACACCAUGAUCCUUUAUCUCCAUAGACACUCAAAUAAGUUUGUCUCUCACUUGCUAACGCACACGCACGUGCAUGCGUCAUAGAAACGUAAUGACGAUGGAUCGAGGUACGGGUAUAUAAAGCUGUCACUCGUUCCAAACUUCCCUUUUGCAUCUGAGUUUGACACGAGUUGACAUACGCUGUUGCAAAAACCUGAACGCUGAAAAGCUGAACUUUUGAAAAACUUGUUUGUGGUUGAUAACUGUGGACUAUUGUCUUAUUACUGUUACUGAAAAAGUUAACUGUGAUAAUGGCUUUAAGUCAGCUGCGAGCUCCUGCCUGGGAGGAACACCUGAUUGGAGCUGCCGGUGUGUCCGACAACGACUAUGACAGUGGCUCCUCUCAGAAUCCAGCUGGACUUGCUGAAGUGCUCCCCCAGCUGAUCAGAGCCAUCAACUUCCCUCGCUAUAUCGCUGAUGAUGUGGCACCUGAGGUCGAGGUUGAGGAAGGUGAGUAUAUCCCCCCACUUUUGUAUGAUGAUGAUGAUGAUGAGGAGGAGGAUGGGAGUAUUUUUCAGUAUGAAGAUGGUGAGAUUGCUUCAUUUGCGCUCUCCUCUGAUGACGAGGAUGAGGAAGAGGAUGACGAGAUGCUGGAUGACUCCGGUUACGACAGCAUGUCAGAUGAGGAUGACGACAACGUCAGACAUCGCUUUCCUCUCAUCCAGCUGCCGAGGCUGCUAGUGUUGCCUCCGGUUUCCCCUCGUCUUCCUCCUGGUCUUCCUGCUGGUGCUCCCCUCCAACUUCACCCAUCUUAUGGGAUUCAGUUGCUGUUCCUCAGAGACUGAUUGUCAGGCACCUUCUGGUACCUGUACAGAAAUAGCAGCCUGUGGAAUAUCAGCAACUACUUGAGGAUAAAACUGAGAGGGUUCUGUCUUUGUGGUCGUGGCAGCUUCCUGCCCGCACUCUCAGACAUCACAUGAGAUGGACGCGAAACCUCAUGGAGGGAAUAGCUUGGAAGAUUUGGCUCCCUGAAUUCCUGGCCUCAGCUACUCCGCAAAAAGGAGCAGCUAAGAGAGCCGGACGCAGCUAAGUGAGAAGAGUCCGAGGAGGUUUUGGAAGUAGACCUCAGAGAGGCAGAAUGCUCCGGAGACCCAGUUCCACCAGCGCCUGGCUAAUGCUCCUCCACAAAGAGGACAAGCCUGUCGUCCUGUUCCCGCUGGUCUUCCUGCUGGUGCUCCGGUCAUUCUUCUUUUUGGGGUUUGGUUGCUGUUCCUCAGAGACUGAUUGUCAGGCACCUUCUGGUACCUGUUCAGAAAUAACAGCCUGUGGAAUAUCAGCAACCCUCAGUGUUUCACAUGAGGCUCCCACAAUUCCUGGUCUCAGCUCCUCCUCAAAGAGGAGGCAGGCCUGAGGAAGAGAGCUGCAAGUAAGCUACUACUAAGAGGAAGUCCCAUUAUCACCUUUCUAAUAAUUCAGUAAUUAUCGAACUCACUCUUUUGUUUAAUAAUUGUUUACUUUUUGCUGAACCAGAGGUAAGACAAUAACAAUUUUCUCCUGCAGUUAUUUUUAUGUAAUGAUGUAGUUCUCUGAUGUUGUAAAUGGCUAUAUCUGAUACAUGGUAAUAUUUAAAACAUCAUUAACAAACGUAUGCUGUUAUGACUAUCACCUUUUCAGUGAUGAUUUAGCUUACUGUUCUCACUAUGUUCUUUGAGUAUUUAUUUACAUACUAUAGAUAGCUGGAGCAGACUGAGGUAAGGCAAUAAUACAUUUAUUACUCACUUAUUACUCUUACUAUGUUGUACUUAGUUUUUUUUUAUUAAGGUGUUUCUGACAGAUGUAUGAUAAUAAUAACAUUAAUCUGCAAGUCUAUCUUUAAUAUUUUAGUGAUUAUUUAAUCAUACUCAUUCUGCUGUACUUUGAAAGACAUUACUAUAGUUAGCUGAACUGGACAGAGGUGAGGAAAUAAUAGUCUAAACAAAUGUCUCAUACAUGUGUGUUAUCAUUUAUUUAAGGAGUUAGUCGUUUUUUAUAACUCCUCACUCUGUUUCACUUUAUGUUUAGAAGACUAUCCGACAGAUAAAUGGUUAUUAUUAACAUUGUAAAAGCUCUCAUACAGGUCGUAUUAUCACUUAUUCAAACAUUUAUUUAUCUUACUUUGUUGUACUUUUAAAUAUUUUUUUCCUGCAGAAGAUCACCUGUUUCCUUGACGACAAGAGUCCUCUCGACCAGAUGAGAAGCGUGGCUGACAAGAAGACAAGUUGGAGAGCGACGGACAACUUUGUUUUAGGCAACACACUUGCAGAGACGACUAAAGUAGCAAAGGACAAUCCGGGGCCAUGUGUGAGUGGAUGUGGACCAGCUGAUCAUCCCAGGACUAUGUGUAGCAGCACAUCAGACCCCCUAGUGAACUACUGUCAGCAGCCUCCUGGGUCAGCCCAGACUAGCCUUCCUACACAGCCUACUGGACACUAUUUUAUGUUUUUACCGUUUGACUGGUUUGGUGUUGAAUUCAAUAAAAGAGAACAUCAGUCAUCUGA